UCACUCCUUAAAACCUUAACACUGAAACAUGACUUGCAGUAUGUUCCUAUUCAGGCAGAGAGCCCCACUCACUCCACCCCCACAGCUGCUUUCCACUAUGAGCUGGGAUUGCCCACACCACUCCCAGCACUUCAAUUAUUGAUCACACACAAAUCUCCCCUCCCAGUUCCUUCCAGCUGGAGGCUUUUACCUUUUUUCUUAUUCAGUAGUAAAAAAAAAAUCAGCUGUGUGUGUAUUUGAUUGAAAGACUUUGUUCUCUUUUUCUUGCUGUUCAGCACUGCAGUAGAAAUCUAACUGCAGAGUAAGAUCCACCCAAUCUGCCUUCCUCCCUUUGCUGGUGGACCCUUCAGCACCAACAAGAGGUGGACAGCUCCCAGCACUUUGCGCUGCUGCUCCCGAUGCACAGGACAGACAGAGCCAACUGCCGCCCAUUGCCCAGAUGCUGUUGCAUUAGAGAGAUGUGCAUAUAAUUCAUCUUUAUUUAAAAACGCUGAAUAACAAAGGAGCAGUACGUUUUACACAAGCAACCGAUUUCUAUCGCCUCCGCAAAACUAAUUGUGAAAUUUAAACAAUGGAAGAUGCCUACAGAGAUAGGACUUCAUUAGUAAAAGGUGCUAAAGAUAUUGCCAAGGAAGCUAAGAGACACACAACAAGAAACACAAACAGAGCUGUGGAUAUAGAACAAGAUGUCUAUACACAACAGUCACACAACCAGUACCAAAAUGAACAAGAUGACAGAUAUUACUCGCAAGGAAAUUAUCAAGAAGAUGUAAAUGAUGAGGAAGGUUCAAGUGAUGCAACAGAAGGUCAUGAUGAAGAUGAUGAAAUAUAUGAAGGAGAGUAUCAAGGAAUACCUGGGAUGGGGCAAGGCAAAGAUGGCAAGGUUGCUCGUGGUCAGCCUAUCUCAGAUGAGCGUGAUUUAGAAACCGAAAGGAAAGCAGAUGAAGAAGAGCUAGCACAACAGUAUGAGCUAAUCAUUCAAGAAUGUGGACAUGGUCGUUUUCAGUGGACUCUCUUUUUUGUCCUUGGGAUGGCACUGAUGGCUGAUGGGGUAGAGGUGUUUGUGGUUGGCUUUGUGUUGCCAAGUGCUGAAACAGAUAUGUGUAUACCAAAUUCAGGUUCUGGUUGGCUUGGGAGUAUAGUUUAUUUGGGAAUGAUGAUGGGAGCGUUCUUCUGGGGAGGCCUGGCAGACAAGGUUGGAAGAAAACAGUCUCUUCUUAUUUGCAUGUCUGUCAAUGGAUUCUUCGCCUUCCUCUCUUCAUUUGUCCAGGGCUAUGGACUUUUCUUAGUUUGCCGACUAAUCUCAGGAUUUGGCAUCGGGGGAGCUCUUCCAACUGCAUUUUCCUAUUUUUCUGAAGUUCUUGCACGAGAGAAGAGAGGAGAACACUUGAGUUGGCUCUGCAUGUUUUGGAUGAUUGGUGGAAUCUAUGCAUCAGCUAUGGCUUGGGCUAUUAUUCCACAUUAUGGUUGGAGUUUCAGCAUGGGAUCCGCAUAUCAGUUUCACAGCUGGAGAGUGUUUGUCAUUGUGUGUGCGCUGCCUUGCGUUUCCACAGUUGUGGCCCUAACUUUCAUGCCAGAAAGUCCACGGUUCCUGCUAGAGAUUGGGAAACAUGAUGAAGCCUGGAUGAUCCUCAAACAAAUCCAUGACACGAACAUGAGAGCUCGUGGUGAGCCUGAAAAAGUCUUCACUGUUCAAAGAAUUAAGACACCAAAACAAAUUGAUGAGCUCAUUGAAAUUGAAUCAGACACAGGAACGUGGUAUAGGAGAUGCUUUGUCAGAAUCCGCACAGAGUUCUAUGGAAUAUGGCUAACGUUUACGAGGUGCUUCGAGUAUCCUGUAAAAGACAACACAAUCAAACUGACUAUAGUGUGGCUCACUCUAUCAUUUGGAUACUACGGAUUAUCAGUCUGGUUCUCUGAUGUUAUUAGACACCUUCAAUCCGAUGAAUAUGCUUUACGAGUGAAACGUUUUAAUGGGAGCACCAUCUCAGACUACAAAUUCAACUACACUUUGGAAAAUCAGAUUCAUAAGAAUGCAGUGUUCAUCAAUGACAGGUUCAUAUCAAUGAAGUUUAAGUCCGUUGUCUUCCAAGACUCUGUGUUCGAAAAAUGCUACUUUGAAGAUGUGACUUCAAUCAACACUUACUUUAGGAAUUGUACCCUCAUAGACACUCAUUUUGUCAACACAGAUCUAGAGAAAUACAAGUUCACCGACAGUGUCACGAUAAACUGCACAUUCAUCCUUCCCAAAAUCGGCUGCCAGAUCACCUUUGAUGAUGAUUACAGUGCCUACUGGAUCUAUUUUGUUAACUUCCUUGGCACCUUAGCAGUUCUUCCAGGCAACAUUGUCUCUGCUCUACUGAUGGACAAGAUUGGAAGACUAACAAUGUUAGGAGGCUCCAUGGUACUUUCUGGCAUCAGCUGUUUCUUUUUGUGGUUCGGUACCAGCGAGUCUAUGAUGGUGGGCAUGUUGUGUGUGUACAAUGGGUUGACUAUUUCAGCAUGGAACUCCCUUGAUGUGGUCACUGUGGAACUCUUCCCUACAGAUAAAAGAGCAACUGGAUUUGGAUUUUUGAAUGCACUUUGUAAAGGAGCCGCAGUACUUGGAAACCUGAUCUUUGGGUCACUAGUUGGAAUCACCAAAGCCAUCCCUAUUCUGAUGGCCUCUGCUGUGCUUGUUGGAGGGGGCCUAGUGGGACUGCGACUCCCUGAUACAAGAAAUCAGGUCUUAAUGUAAUAGGGAUUCCCUACCAAUGAUAAACCAAUCAGAAUACAAACUUCAAAUCCUCACCAUGAAGCCCUGUCACCCUAAGUGUACUAGUCCCACUACUGUCACACUUAGUUUCCCACACUUGCUGUCACACUCAUACGUGUCCACACUGUCACACUUUGUGUCACAUCCUCACUAUGUUAAAUAUUUAGAACAUUUCUCACCAGCUUGUUUUGUUCUAUAAAUGAUUAGCUUGUUGUUUACAGACAACAUAUGAACAUAGGGGCUGUUCAUAGUUUAUUGGUUUGUUUUUUUUCUUGUAAUGUCCUUUAUCAGUAUAAAAUAUAUUUUAAAAGCAGCCUUCCAUUGUGUGGGAGCUGCAAAGCUGUUUUUAGACUGCUAAUAUCAUGAAUGUGUAACAGAAAAAAUUAAGUUAAUGAGCAGAGAAAAGUCACUUGACAUUUUUCAGCUCAGAUCUAAGCAGAGUAACAUGACAAGACUUUUCUUUUUUCACAAACUUAAUUUUCUUGAAAACAAAACAAAAAUUAAAUUUUAACAUUGCUCCGAAGAACAAGCUGAGAAAUGUUACAUUUGUUUUGAAGGUUUAUAUUUCUUUUAAAGUAACUGUUAAGACGGAGAGAUGGUGCCUAUAGUAACAGUGGGAUAAUAGUAUCUGGG